GCACUGAAGCCUGGUUUCAGCCCAGCUCAGAAGCUCCUGCUCGAGUCUCUCCUUCUUUCAAGGACACGGAGGCACAGGCUGCCUGACCAUGGCUACCACAUUCCUGCAAACUUCUUCCACCUUUGGCGGUGGCUCGACCCGAGGGGGUUCCCUCCGUGCUGGCGGAGGCAGCUUUGGUGGAGGGAGUCUCUAUGGGGGUGGUGGGAGCCGAAGUCUCUCUGCUUCUUCUGCUAGGUUUGUCUCCUCGGGGGCAGGAGGGGGAUAUGGAGGCGCUAUGAGUUGUGGUUUUGGUGGUGCUGGUAGCGGUUUUGGUGGAGCCUUCGGUGGGGGUUUUGGCGGUGGCUUUGGUGACUUUGGUGGCGGCGAUGGAGGUCUCCUUUCUGGCAAUGAGAAGAUCACCAUGCAGAACCUCAAUGACCGCCUGGCAUCCUACCUGGACAAGGUGCGUGCCCUGGAGCAGGCUAACACGGAGUUGGAGGUGAAGAUCCGAGACUGGUACCAGAAGCAGAGCCCAGCCAGUCCAGAGCGAGACUACAGCCACUACUUCAAGACCAUAGAAGAGAUCCGGGACAAAAUACUGGCUGCCACCAUCGACAACUCACGUGUCAUCCUGGAGAUUGACAAUGCCAGGCUGGCAGCGGAUGACUUCAGGCUCAAGUAUGAGAAUGAGCUGGCCCUGCGCCAGAGCGUGGAGGCUGACAUCAACGGCCUGCGCAGGGUCCUGGAUGAGCUGACCCUGGCCAGGACUGACCUGGAGAUGCAGAUUGAGCAAUUGAAUGAGGAGCUGGCCUACCUGAAGAAAAACCACGAGGAGGAGAUGAAAGAGUUCAGCAGUCAGCUGGCUGGCCAGGUCAACGUGGAGAUGGACGCAGCACCUGGGGUGGACCUGACCCACGUGCUGGCUGAGAUGAGGGAACAGUAUGAGGCCAUUGCAGAGAAAAACCGCCGGGAUGCAGAGGCUUGGUUCUUCAGUAAGACUGAAGAGCUGAACAAGGAGGUAGCCUCCAAUACAGAAAUGAUCCAGACCAGCAAGACGGAGAUCACAGACCUGAGACGCACCAUGCAGGGGCUAGAGAUCGAGCUGCAGUCUCAACUCAGCAUGAAAGCCGGGCUGGAGAACUCUCUGGCAGAGGUGGAGUGCCGCUACGCCACACAGCUGCAGCAGAUCCAGGGACUCAUCAGCAGCCUGGAGGCCCAGCUGAGCGAGCUCCGCAACGAGAUGGAAGCUCAGAACCAGGAGUACAACAUGCUGCUGGACAUCAAGACUCGGCUGGAGCAGGAGAUCGCCACCUACCGCAGCCUGCUCGAGGGCCAGGAUGCCAAGAUGGCUGGCAUUGGUGUCAGGGAAGCCUCCCUGGGAGGUGGCGGCGGCGGUGGCAGCAGCAGCAGCAAUUUCCACAUUAGUGUGGAGGAAUCAGUCGAUGGAAAGGUGGUUUCUUCCCGGAAGAGAGAAAUCUAAGUAUCUGGUGUAGGA